UUGAAAAUCUCGUAAGGCGGAAAUUGUGAAGACAAAUUAAAACUCUUUGGUUAACAAACGAUUCUCCCAUUCGGUGGACAAAAUUGAAUUAACACGAUCCAGUUAAUUGCUCAGAUUAAGCAAUUAAAACAUUAGAACAGCUAAAUGAUUAAACUUAAUUGAUCAAGUGUUUAUUUAUUGUUUAUCAUCAAUCAACUUUAUCAUCAAAUAACAAGAAAAACAAAACAAUUCAAAUAUCACCAACGAACGAGGAUAAAUAAUAAAAAAUCAUUUUCGUGAUUGUGAUUAACAACAAUUUAAUUGAUUUCUUUUGUUAAAUUUGAUCGCCAUGGAAAAGAGUUUACUCUUCCUUCUGGCUUAUCCAUUUGUCGCUGGAUUAAUUCCUUUAGCAAUUAAGACUUUUUUCUAUGCCGAAGAAAAAAUAUCUCGAACAUUGAACAACGAUUAUUGGGAAAAUUCUUAUGACUUUAUAAUCGUUGGCUCAUCAGCGGCGGGAUGUGUUCUCGCCAAUCGAUUGUCCGAAGAUCCAACUAAAAGUGUUCUAUUAUUGGAAGCGGGCGGACCCACUCCGAGUCUUAGUGAAAUUCCCGCUCUGUCCAAUAUCUUCCAAGGGUCAGUCUACUCUUGGAAAUUUAAAACUGUCCAACAAGAGAAAUCAUGUUUCUCUAUGGAAGAUCGAAAAUGUCGAUUGAUUCGCGGAAAAGGCCUCGGUGGGACAACUAUUUUCGAUUCGAUGAUCUAUUCAAGAGGUCACCCUGAUGAAUAUAAUUCGUGGUCUGCGUUGGGGUUGAAAGAGUGGCGGUGGGAACGUAACUUUCCCUAUUUCAUUAAAGUUGAACAGAAACGUGAUUUCAAUCCACAUGAUUCACAUUAUACUAAUCGUAAUUAUGGUUCGAAUGGUUUACUUCCUGUUAAUUUGGAUCCAUUUGAAAAUCUAUUAACCAGAUCGAUGAGAUCAGCGGCAGCGGAAUUAGGCCUUCCCUAUGGUGAUAUAAACGCUAUUUCUAAUGUGAUUGUCGCUCGACCUCAAUUCACUCAGUUCAAUGGUACUCGAUAUUCAGCAGCUAAAUCGUAUCUUGAUCCGAUUAUACAUCGAACCAAUUUAAAGAUAUUAACAUUUUCUCGAGUUAAUCGAGUUCUAAUGGAUGGGAAACGAGCGAUUGGUGUUGAAUUUUCCCGUCACGGGAUAAACCAUAUUGUUUAUGCUCGACGAGAGGUCAUUUUAUCUGCAGGUCCGAUUAACAAUCCAAAGAUAUUGAUGAUUUCGGGUAUUGGACCGAGAAAUCUACUUGAAGAGCAUCGAAUUGAAGUUGUCGCCAAUCUCCCGGGAGUGGGAAAGAAUCUGGUAAGUCCGAUCUGCGCCUUUUCACUUAACUACAAAUUUGAAAAUGUCCCAAGGAAUUUUCUCAAUGAUCAAUUUGAUAUAAACACAGUGAAUGAAUACGCUGAAGGAAAAGGUCGAUUCACUACCACGGGUUAUGAUUCAGUCGCAUUCGCACAAUCCAAUAUCUAUGGUUACAACGAUACCGGACAUUGGCCUGACAUUGCUUUGUUUCUUUACUCAGGUGGUCUAAUCGCUGAUGAUGGUUACUUUUUCCGUAAAAAUAUUGGCCUGAACUCUGAUGUUUGGGUGAAAUUGUUUGAAUCUAACACGAAAACACCUUCAUUCACUUUGGCCGCUUGUCUAACUCGACCCCGAUCAAGAGGAAGUGUUAAUAUUGUCUCAGUUGACCCGGACGAUGAUCCUGAGAUUGAUCCGAAAUACAAUCAACAACCAACUGACCUUCAAUCCUUGACCAAUGCCCUGAAAUUGGCAAAAAAUUUGGGUAAAACUCGAGCGAUUCGUGAAACUGGUGCUACCCCAUAUUCCGAUAAACUACCGACUUGUCGAGAAUUCGCCCUUUACACCGAACCAUAUUUAGCUUGUUCGGCUCAAUCGUUGACAAUUCCCUCUGAACAUUUGGCCGGAACUUGUCGAAUGGGAGAUCCCCGAGAUCCUCUCGCAGUUGUAGAUCAAAACCUUAAAGUUCUCGGCGGAGUGACCGGAUUAAGGAUCGCCGAUGCUUCCGUUUUCCCUUCGUCGCCCGGUUUAUCAUCAGGACCAGAAUACAUGUUAGGUGAAAGAUUAGCCGACAUAAUCCGAAGUCGUCGACCUUUAAUCAACCCUUAUACUAUUCCAUAUUAAACUGAUUCUUUUGUUACUUAGGAAUCAGUUGUUAAUUAAACCAAUUAGACCAAAUUCUCAGAAGGAAACAUUUGGUUCUGUUUGAUUGAAAAAGGAUUUCAAUUGACAUCGAACCAAUUUCACUGAUAUCUAUUGAACGAAAAGCAAAUUAAUAUGAUUUAUUUUACAAUUUAAA